AUGUAAUAAAAAAUUGUGUUUGAUACCAACAGUUUGUCUCAGAUAUGUCCAGUAGAGUAGAGGGAAAGCUACAUACUAUUAGGCUAGAAAUUAUAAGAGGCAAAGGACUUCGAGGAUAAAUUGCACCAUAUGAAUGAUGAGGAUCAUGAAUGGGAUAAACUGCAAAUACAAUUGGAUUGCACACCUCAUAACAUUAAGAAUAGCAAAUACAUCAUUGUCAGACAUGCUUUGGCUUGGCAUAAUUACUUUAAGAGAGCCACAGAAUUUAGGGAUAGGAAUAUUUAUAGUUACGAAUUGAUGGAUCCUCCACUUCAUUACUUAGGCAAAAAAUAGUGCGAGAAGAUGAGACCAGAAAUCAAUCAGAUUGAAUUUGAUAGGGUUUAUAUUUCACCUCUAUUAAGAACCAUUCAAACAGCCUAGUUAUUGUUCUAAGAUCACCCUCAAAAGGAUUAAAUAAAGUUCAUCUUGUGUCCUCAUAUAAGCGAGAAAAUCAGCAGUUAAUAUUCGAUAUAUAAAUGGGGGAAUCUGACCAAUAUCCUAUAAGACGUAUAAUCUGAAUCAUUUAAUUAGAAUAAUAGUCCUAUCAAAUUCGACAUAAGUGAAUUACCAUUUGAAAAAGAAUUUUGGUAAUUUGUUUUAAUUGGAAAGUAAGAAAAAAUUUAAGGUUUAAAACCAUGCAAAGAAGAUUAAGAACAAUUUUUAGUUAAUAAAUUUGUCAAAAAAGGUUAAAAUAUAACUUUGGAAAAAACAAAACAUGCAGAGAAAAGAGUAAAGGUAUUUUUAGAGAAAUUCAAAAACAAUUAGACAAAUUCCAAAAUUGGAAUAGUCUCUCAUUCAUAAAUAAUUAAAUUGAUUUUAUCUUAAACAAAUAAAAUUGUAGAAACUAAAAUAAGAAAUGGAACAGUAAUAGGGAUCGAUAUUUGA